AAAACAGGCAGUGAUGCCGUGGUCAAGAUGCUUGCUCACCACAUUGGGGUUCUUGCAGGUCAUCAACCUGCAUGCUUUCUUCUGGCACGUCUGCCCCCACAUUCAGGCUGUUCAGCAGCGGCAUCUUUCUUUUGACCCUCACUCCUCGAUGCUGUCGAGGAGGCGCGAUUCCUUUUCUAUGAUGGUCACUAGCACUGGCGGCAGCAGCGAAAAGGAGGCGGCUACGAUGGAACGCGAAACCCAGUAUUUUCUGACAGUGAAGACGCACACAAACAUAUCCCAGAUUCAGGCAGAGGAGUGGAACUCUUUGUUGCGCUUUGAGGACUCCCCCUUCUUGCAGCAUGAGUGGUUUGAUUGCCUGGAGGCCUCGGGAUGCGCAGUGCCGGCCACAGGAUGGAACCCCUGCCACCUGACCAUCCGCAUGGUCACAGGCCGGGGCGGGGAGGUUGCCGAGUCCGACGAUCCGGGCGAGCUGGUGGCGGCCGCGCCUGUAUAUAUCAAGACUCACAGCAUGGGCGAGUUUAUAUUUGACAACGAGUGGGCGAGCGCGGCCUACCGCUCGGGCCUGGACUACUACCCCAAGGUCCUGGUGGCCGUCCCGUUCACGCCCGCGUCCGGCGCCCGCCUCCUGCUCAAGAGAGGCCUGUCGCAACCCAUGCAGCGAGAGAUACGCAGGAUGGUGGGCGGCUUCCUUCAGGACCUGGCGAAGAGCAACGGCUUCUCCUCCGUGCACGUCAACUUCUGCGAGGAGGAGGAGAUCGGAGCCUUACAGGAGGCCCAGCCCCCCUACCUGCACCGGACCUCCAUGCAGUUCCACUGGGUGAACAGGAACAAAGACAAGGAUGGACUGCCAUACAGUAGCUUUGAUGAGUACCUGAGUGCCUUCCGGAGCAAGCGCCGCAUCAAGAUCAAGAAGGAGCGGCGCAGCAUCUACGAGGACGCCGGCCUGACCCUGCAGGUGCUCCGCGGCCGCGACAUCCCGGACUCUUACUUCGACUCGGACCUGAUCUUCAAGCUCUACGUGAGCACCAUCGACAAGCUCUUCUACGGCAGGCAGUACCUGAACGAGGCCUUUUUUCGCCUCCUCAAGGACAAGUUCCGGGAGCCCCUCUGCCUGGUGCUGGCCAGGGACGCGGGCGGCGAGGUCGUGGCCGGGACCUUCAACGUCAUCAGCAACGACAAGCGCUUCUACGGCCGCUACUGGGGCUGUGUCGCACCAGAGGACAUCAAAAAUCUGCAUUUCGAAACCUGCUACUACAAGUCGAUCGAGUACUGCAUCGAGGCCGGGCUGGCCGCCAUGGAGCCAGGGGCGGGUAACUCCGACUUCAAAUUCAUGCGGGGGUUUGAGCCCGUACACGUGCACUCCAUGCACCACCUUGUGCACCCCGGGCUACGCCAGGCAGUGGACGACUUCCUCCAGUACGAGCGGAGGGAGGUGUCGGGAACGGUCGAAUACCUGAGCGAGAAGAGCGCCGUGCGGGGGCGCAGGGACGGUCAGGGGGGGGAAGGCGGCCAGGCGCCGGGGGAGGGAGGGGAGUAG